GCUGCCGAGUUGCGCGAACUAGUCAUGGUGCUGUGGGAGUCCCCGCGGCAGUGCAGCAGCUGGACACUUUGCGAGGGCUUUUGCUGGUUGCUGCUGCUGCCGCUGAUGCUACUCAUCAUAGCCCGCCCGGUGAAGCUCGCGGCUUUCCCUACCUCCUUAAGUGACUGCCAAACGCCCACCGGCUGGAAUUGCUCUGGUUAUGAUGACAGAGAAAAUGAUCUCUUCCUCUGUGACACCAACACCUGUAAAUUUGAUGGGGAAUGUUUAAGAAUUGGAGACACUGUGACUUGCGUCUGUCAGUUCAAGUGCAACAAUGACUACGUGCCUGUGUGUGGCUCCAAUGGGGAGAGCUACCAGAAUGAGUGCUACCUGCGGCAGGCUGCGUGCAAACAGCAGAGUGAGAUACUGGUGGUGUCCGAAGGAUCAUGUGCCACAGAUGCAGGAUCAGGAUCUGGAGAUGGAGGUAGGAGUUUCCUUUUUAUAUAUUUGAAAACUUACAUGUGGAUAUUAUUUGUGGAUAUUUAUUCAUAUCUUUGCCAUUAUAGAUAUCUGAGACAAAUUUACAUUUUGCAUUUUAAGGAAAAGGAAAACAAAAAAGUAUCAUUCUCCUUAUUAGUCCAUGAAGGCUCAGGAGAAACCAGUCAAAAGGAGACAUCCACCUGUGAUAUUUGCCAGUUUGGUGCAGAGUGUGAUGAAGAUGCCGAGGAUGUCUGGUGCGUGUGCAACAUUGACUGUUCUCAAACCAACUUCAAUCCCCUCUGUGCUUCUGAUGGGAAGUCUUAUGAUAAUGCAUGUCAAAUCAAAGAAGCGUCAUGUCAGAAACAGGAGAAAAUUGAAGUCAUGUCGUUGGGUCGAUGUCAAGAUAACACAACUGCAACUACUAAAUCUGAAGAUGGGCAUUACGCAAGAACAGAUUAUGCAGAGAAUGCUAACAAAUUAGAAGAAAGUGCCAGAGAACACCACAUACCUUGCCCAGAACAUUACAACGGCUUCUGCAUGCACGGAAAGUGUGAACAUUCUAUCAAUAUGCAGGAGCCAUCUUGCAGGUGUGAUGCUGGCUAUACUGGCCAACACUGUGAAAAAAAGGACUACAGUGUUCUCUACGUUGUCCCCGGCCCUGUACGAUUUCAGUACGUCUUAAUCGCAGCGGUGAUUGGAACGAUCCAGAUUGCUGUCAUCUGUGUGGUGGUCCUCUGUAUCACAAGGAAAUGUCCCAGAAGCAACAGAAUUCACAGACAGAAGCAAAAUACAGGGCACUACAGUUCAGACAACACAACAAGAGCGUCCACGAGGUUAAUCUAAAGGGAGCAUGUUGCACAGUGGCCGGACUACCGAAAGCUUGGACUACACAAUACAGUAUUAUAGACAAAAGAAUAAGACAAGAGAUCUACACAUGUUGCCUUGCAUUUGUGGUAAUCUACACCAAUGAAAACAUGUACUACAGCUAUAUUUGAUUAUGUAUGGAUAUAUUUGAAAUAGUAUACAUU